UGCGAGUAAAUGUUAAGAUCAAGUGAGAGCUUCAGAGGUCUAUAUAUUAUAAAUAAAUAAAAAUAAAAAAUAAAAAAAAUAAUAAUAGAAAAGCAACGUGAAACUCUGAUAGAACUUGCAUUUAAAAGUGAAAAUAUUAGCAAAUUCUAGUAAAAAAAAAGGAAAAGUGAAAAUUUACAAGCGAAGAAAAAUAAAAAAGAAAACUAAAGGAAAACAUUCGUGAUAAGUAAAUUGUGAUUUCGUUUAGAGGGAACAGAAAAGAAAAGCGUGAAAAAUCGAUUCGACCUCUAUUAACAAAUUUUGCUUAAAAUAUUUUUUUUUUUAAAAUCAUAUACGACAAAUAAAAUAAAUACCACAUCAUAAUGCCAGAACUCAUUGAACAAAGCAAACUUAUCUCUAAUGGUUCUUUGUUGUUGCCAAACAAAGCUAAGGAAGACAAUUGCGGCUUGUAUGUCCAUAUACGGGGCACUAAUGUUUCCUAUGGUUCGGUUAAUCGUUUAACAUCAGGCGUUAAAGCCUUUGUUGAAGAAGCCGUUGCUCUUUGCCAACCGGAUCAAGUUCACAUUUGCGAUGGCUCGGAAAUGGAAAAUAAAAUGCUUUUAAAAUUAAUGGUAGAGAAGGGCACCAUUAUGCCUCUGCCCAAAUACGAAAAUUGUUGGUUAGCUCGCACUAAUCCGUCAGAUGUGGCUCGCGUAGAAUCAAAAACAUUCAUUUGUACCGAAAAGAAAGAGGAAGCUAUACCUACUCCUCAAGAAGGUGUUAAGGGCACUUUGGGUAAUUGGAUUUCGGUGGCUGACAUGGAAAAAGCUAUACAAGAUCGUUUCCCUGGCUGCAUGAAAGGCCGUACUAUGUAUGUGGUACCUUUUAGCAUGGGUCCAGUUGGUUCUCCACUUUCGAAAAUUGGCAUAGAAAUCACUGAUUCUCCUUACGUAGUAGCCUCUAUGCGGAUUAUGACGCGUAUGGGUUCGGUUGUUUUGGAUCAAUUGCAAAAGAAAGAGGAAUUUGUACGGGCUUUGCAUUCCGUUGGCACACCUGCUGAUGGUGUCAUUGAACGCUCUUCUUGGCCCUGCGAUCCGGAACGUACUAUUAUUUUGCAUAAACCUGCGGACAAUCUGAUUGUUUCCUAUGGCUCCGGUUAUGGCGGUAACUCAUUGCUGGGCAAAAAAUGUUUUGCUCUUCGUAUUGGCAGCACGAUUGCUAAACGGGAGGGCUGGUUAGCCGAGCAUAUGCUGAUUUUGGGUAUCACCGAUCCUAAAGGUAAUAAGAAGUACAUUACCGCCGCUUUUCCAUCAGCCUGUGGCAAGACUAACUUGGCAAUGUUAAAUCCAUCUUUGCCCGGUUACAAAGUGGAAUGCGUGGGUGAUGAUAUUGCUUGGAUGAAAUUCGAUAAGAAUGGUGUUUUACGGGCCAUUAAUCCUGAAAAUGGUUUCUUUGGUGUUGCUCCGGGCACUUCUAUGGAAACUAAUCCGAUAGCCAUGAAAACGGUAUUCGAGAAUACCAUUUUCACUAAUGUCGCUUUAACAUCUGAUGGCGGUGUUUACUGGGAGGGUAUGGAAAGCAGUUUGGAAGAUGGUGUGGAAAUUACCGAUUGGUUGGGUAAUCCCUGGACCAAGGAGUCCGGCAAGCCAGCCGCUCAUCCUAAUUCGCGAUUUUGUACUCCAGCCAAUCAGUGUCCCAUGAUUGAUACUGCUUGGGAAGAUCCGGCUGGUGUACCCAUUAGCGCUAUACUUUUCGGAGGUCGCCGACCCGCCGGUGUACCUUUAAUCUAUGAGGCUUGCAAUUGGACUCACGGUGUGUUUAUGGGCGCUGCUAUGCGCAGUGAAGCUACUGCUGCUGCCGAACAUAAAGGCAAAGUUAUUAUGCACGAUUCUUUCGCUAUGCGUCCCUUCUUUGGCUACAAUUUUGGUCAUUAUGUACAACAUUGGCUUAGCAUGGAAUCGCGUGGCCAGGUGCCAAAAAUAUUCCAUGUUAAUUGGUUCCGUAAAGGUACAAAUGGAAAAUUUAUGUGGCCCGGUUAUGGUGAGAAUGUACGCGUUCUUGAAUGGAUCUUGCGUCGUGUCAACGGAGAAGAAUGUUAUGCGGAAUCAGCUAUUGGCCGGAUACCAGCCGAAGGUGAAUUGAAUUUGAAAGGCAUGUCAGAUAAGGUAGAUAUGGAAGAAUUAUUCUCGCUACCCAAAGACUUCUGGAUGCAAGAAGUGGAAGAUAUACGAAAAUAUUUCAAUUCACAAGUCGGCAAGGAUUUGCCUCCUGAAAUAUUGCACGAACUGGAAAAGUUAAAGCAACGCAUUGCUGCUCUGUAAGAGAAUG